GGCCCCGAGUGCGCGCCCAGCCUGCCCGGGACCCGCUCGCCCGCCGCCUGCAGCCGCUGCCCACUUUGCUCACGCCCGGCCUGUAUGGGAAGUUGGGGAAAAUGGACAGGGUCGUGUUGGGGUGGCGUGCUCUCUUCUGGCUAACAGCCAUGGUUGAAGGCCUUCAGGUCACAGUGCCUGACAAGAAGAAGGUGGCUAUGCUCUUCCAGCCCACUGUACUUCGCUGCCACUUCUCCACAUCCUCGCAUCAGCCUGCAGUCGUGCAAUGGAAGUUCAAGUCCUACUGCCAGGAUCGCAUGGGGGAGUCCCUGGGCAUGUCCUCUACCCGAGUCCAGUCUCUCAGCAAGAGAAACCUGGAGUGGGACCCAUACUUGGACUGUUUAGACAGCAGGAGGACUGUUCGGGUGGUGGCUUCAAAACAGGGCUCCACUGUUACCCUAGGAGAUUUCUACAGGGGCAGAGAGAUCACGAUUGUUCACGAUGCAGAUCUUCAAAUUGGAAAACUCAUGUGGGGAGACAGCGGACUGUAUUUCUGCAUCAUCACCACCCCUGAUGACCUGGAAGGCAAAAAUGAGGACGCGGUGGAGCUGUUGGUGCUGGGCAGGACAGGGCUGCUUGCUGAUCUCUUGCCCAGUUUUGCUGUGGAGAUUAUGCCAGAGUGGGUGUUUGUCGGCCUGGUGCUCCUGGGAGUCUUCCUCUUCUUCGUCCUCGUGGGGAUCUGCUGGUGCCAGUGUUGUCCACACAGCUGCUGCUGCUAUGUCCGCUGCCCAUGCUGCCCAGACUCCUGUUGCUGCCCCCAGGCCUUGUAUGAAGCAGGGAAGGCGGCCAAGGCCGGGUACCCUCCCUCUGUCUCCGGUGUCCCUGGCCCUUACUCCAUCCCCUCUGUCCCUUUGGGAGGAGCCCCCUCAUCUGGCAUGCUGAUGGACAAGCCGCAUCCACCUCCCCUGGCACCAAGUGACUCCACUGGAGGAAGCCACAGUGUUCGCAAAGGCUACCGGAUCCAAGCUGACAAAGAGAGAGACUCCAUGAAGGUCCUGUACUAUGUCGAGAAGGAGCUGGCUCAGUUUGAUCCAGCCCGAAGGAUGAGAGGCAGAUAUAACAACACCAUCUCAGAACUCAGCUCCCUGCACGAGGAGGACAGCAACUUCCGCCAAUCGUACCAUCAGAUGCGAAGCAAGCCAUUCCCUGUGUCUGGGGACUUGGAGAGCAAUCCUGACUACUGGUCAGGUGUCAUGGGAAGCGGCAGCGGGGCGAGCCGGGGACCCUCAGCUGUGGAAUAUAACAAAGACGACCGGGAAAGCUUCCGGCACAGCCAGCAGCGCUGCAAGUCGGAGAUGCUGUCCAGGAAGAGCUUCGCCGGGGGCGUGCCCGCAGUGUCCAUGGACGAGCUGGCCGCCUUCGCGGACUCCUACGGGCCGCGGCCUCGCCGCGCGGACGGCAGCAGCCUGGAGCCCCGGGGCGGGAGCCGCUUCGAGCGCGCCUCCUACUACGCUUGGUCGCCGCCGGCGCCCGACGAGGAGGACGUGCCCGACGACGCGCUGCCGCCCUACAGCGAGCGCGAGCUGAGCCGCGGCCCGUCCUACCGCGCGCGCGAUCCGCCUUACUCCAGCAACUCGGAGAGGCGCAGGAAGAAGGAGCCCGCCAAGAAGACGAAUGACUUUCCAACUAGGAUGUCCCUUGUGGUCUGAUGUUUUUGAGACAUCUCUCCGGAUAAUCAGAAAUCAGAUGCAGACUGCAGGGACAAGACACAAACCCCAAGAGCCAGCAGGCCGGGACUUUCUUUGACGACCACCUUGGAAGAUUUGCUGAUCUCUUCUUUGGCAAAGGAUAGGAGGCAGCCUUGAAGGGAGACUGAUUACAAACCUCAGCGCCCAUCUAACUAGCUUGAGAAACUUACCAUGAAAACAAUGAAUGUGAGAACAUCCCACCCACAGUUUAUGCUGUCCAACCUCCUUCCUCAGCAGAACUAAGGUUUUGCUUCCAGUUCUGAAAGAGUUAACUGUGGACCACUAAUCUCUGGAAAUUGUCUAUGCCUACAGUUGGUCUCUGUGCUAUGCUUAGAGACAGAAAAAUUCAUUACUACAAUUAGAUGAAGGCCUACUGCUGACAGGGGAAGAGCACUUGAAGGCAGAGGACACCUUUUAUCCCUGUCACUUCCUGGUCACUGGUCAGUGGCUGUUGCUACACUCAAAUCAGAAAGCCUCUGGUGCAUUCAGUGACAGCAACCUCCUGGACAAUCACAGAAACGACUCCAGUCUGCCUUUCUGAAGCGCAGCUCUUGAGUGGCAGGGAUAAAGCAAGAAUAUACCAUUCUGAGAAGCAGUCUAGGCAGUAUUUCCUUUUCUCUUCUGAGAACAUAAACUGCUUUUCCUGUUCCGCAGCACAUGUCAACAUCUGAGUCUUGAACCUCAAGGGCUCUUCUUUUCCUCUCCAGAACUUCUUACUGGUUGGUGCCACGUAGAGCCCCAACUCUGUCUGCACUCUGAUUAGUUUGUCAUCAGGUGCCUUUUGAUAAAUGCUUAAAAUACAACACAUGAAAGAGGAGUGAAAAAAGAAGAGAAAGCAGGAAUGCAAGACAGAAAAGAAUGACAAGAGUUUAAGAAAAAAAUACUGUAUGGUCCCACUAUAUUUGAAAUGUGGGUCAUUUUCCCUACAAAUCCCAGUCAGUCUUCUUUGGUUUUGUACUUCAUUGCCUAUAUUUGUCUCUGCCGUCCUGGUUCUGCUGUUGCAGGACACUAGAGAUAUGGAACCUGCAUCUCUUGGAUUCAUUGAGAUGCUUUUGAGAGGUGAAAAAGGUAUUGAUUUCUUGAAAGGAGUACUUCCUAUUCCUGCCCCUGCCUAAGUGGUAGGUUCUAAGUCCCAAAGCUAAACCUCUCUGGAUUUUGUAACUUGUGUGGAUUACAAAAAUGAUCACAAACUUUCCCUCCUCGUUGAGGUGUUUUUUUCCCCCACCUUCUGAACCGGGAGAUGGCCAUGUGAUUUGAUCUGGCCAAAUGGCCCAGUAGUAAAUAUGAUAUAAACAGAGACUUGAAAAGUUCUUGUGCAUGGGAUGUGUCCUCUCUUGCUGCUCUUCGGAAGCUUGCAGUCACCACCUGGUGAAUGAGCCUGAACUGUCCUGCUGCAUGAUGAGAGAAAACGGCCUAGUUACCCUGUCACUCUGUGUGACAGUUUGUCAACUCUCAGCUGAUUGUAGACAUAGGAGAGUUCAGCCAAGAUCAACAGAAAAGCUGCCUAGCUGAGCCCAGCCCAAACCACUGAUUCCUACUUGAGGCAUGAGAUAUCAGUGCACCCUAUGUGUUCUCUUCUGAUCGGAAUGUUCAGGCCUGAAUCUCUUACUCCAUCCAGUCUUAGGUGUCUCACAGCCUCUACUUUCUUAACAGACUUGAAAUUUUAUCUUUUUACCCUACCCUAUUAUGAUGGGACACAUUGUGGGGUCAAAUAACUGGAGGAGGAGGAUGAACUUGCUAUUUCCUAAUCCAGCAAUGGUCCAGCCCUAUUCUUGUAUCCCUGGAAACCCUCUGAAAGUUGAUCAGCAUCUCCUCGGCCUUCUCCAGAGCCACCAGUCUAGACCUCCAAACUACCAUUUCAUUGGUAUCCAUUGUACUUCAUGGCAUUUCCAAAAAGUCCUAUGUGUUCAGUGUUACAAAGUAGUGGCUAGGUGAGGGUCAGAGGAAAGAGCUGGUACCAUUGCUUGGAGAAUUGGCCGACCAAAGGCCUUCACAGUUGCUUUGGCCUGUCCUACAGGAACUAGAAAAACAGUUCAGCCCAGUGCUGGCACUUCCAAGGGCUUGAAGACACAAGCCAUAACCCUGGUGCUGAGUUUUAGAUGUGCUGGUGUCCCUGUCCUCAAAGAGUUGGUCUGUUUGGGCCCCAAUUCACAUGGAAAAUAUGAUAAACACAUAAUUUCAUAGUCACCAGCUUUGGAUUUCAACUUGCUCAGGCAAUUUUGGAGAAUAUUAGAUAACUGCAGUAGCUGUUACAGCUUUAUACUGAGCACUGUGUCAGGCUUCUCACCACCAAAGAGCCCCAUAGCACCAGCUGCAGAGACCGAAUAUAUUGCUUUUUAAAGUCAGGGCCAUGUAUAGGCUGAGGGGAGAAAUGGGAAGAAUUAUUAAAAUUGGAAACUUGUAAUUCCUAAGACAAUGAAUGUGUAGACAGACAAUAAAAAAAGACAAGUUAGUAAGCUAUUAAAACAACCUGGGGUGAGACCAGCCUGUUUUCUGUAAGGCUGGAAGGAUCACUCAGACUUCCAGGCCUUGAGUAGACAGAAGAAGCGGUUUUUUCUGGGAAUGUGGACAGGACAUAAGACUGCAUAGACAAGGCAAAGCUGACUAUCCUCAACACCCCUGGCUUUUCCCUUCACAUCCCUGUGCUCCUUCUUCCCGGAAUAGUGUGUCCUGCUUAGGAAGUGCCUAUACCUCUCAACUUCCUUUGUAGGUUUUAUUGGGCUAUAAAACAAGUCUUGUCUGUAAGUCAUGGUCUCUGUCCAUCAGGACCCUGUGGUUUAGCAGAAAUGAGACAUGCUCAGGAAUGAACUUGGAGAUUAUUACACAUAUGAGAGGAAAUAGUGCUAUGGAUCAAUUAUUAAAAACCCAGAGAUUUAAAGAUUUUAAAUUUAAAUGGGAGUAUUUUGAUAUUUAAGUGUUGCGUGUUUGUCCAUCCAUCUCAUUUGGAGAUAUGAUCAAUAAUCUGAAAAGCCAGUCUAGAAAAGUCUGAGCUGAACAGAAGUGAAUCAGGACGGGGAAGGGUGAGUGGCAGGGAGCCUGGAGGGCUGGUGCGGGAACUGCUGUGUUUGCCUGUGAGUCACAGCUGAGUCAGGCAUGGGCUGGAGGAGGGAGUGUGGAAGCAGGUGGCAGGAGGUGUCCCUUGGUAGUGAAUUGCUUUUCUAGGCCAUGCAUAGGAUCAUUAGGAAGCUGAGGACAAUCACCACGGACCUGACAAGUGUCAGUUCUUCCACCUGAGCAGGCUGACAGAGCUGAGCAUCUGCACAUCUAGGGGCUCAGUUCUGCAGUUGCGGGUGUUGCUGCCCACCUUCACUAAUGCAGGCAGCUCUCACAGAGGUCGCAGGGCUCUUGCUUCCCUCUCAUGGCCCUCCCUCUGCAGCUGGCAUGGGAUAGGUACCCUAGGAUGUGAAGCGCUCCCACCCAGACCCAAAGCACAAAGCCACAUCUGUGUACAUUUCUAAUAUUCUGAAAACUCCAUAUAAAUAACUUGUUUUUUCCUUAAGCAGCCUUUGAGAGAGGCUGAAGUAACGCUGUAAUUCACCCCUAUGCUUUUUUAAAUGGAGAAACCAUCAUUCCCAUUAGUGAAGUCAUAAACCUAUUAGAUCUUUAGACUCCCGUACUGUAGGUCUUACUUGCUGGAUCAGUGUUUCCUCAAAUCGCCUAGCCAUAAGAAUCAUUUGACUGCUGUUGUUUAAAAGGUAUUAUUAAUAGUUUGGGAGGCUGAAGCAGGAGGAUCAAAAGUAUGAGCCCAGCCUAGGCAACUUAGUGAGACUCUAUCUC